GGAAACCUGUUUUUCCCGGGAGCAGCAAUGAGCAAGCGGAACCAGGUUUCGUACGUGCGGCCAGCCGAACCGGCGUUCCUGGCUCGCUUCAAGGAACAGGUCGGCUACAGGGAAGGGCCUACCGUGGAAACCAAGAGAAUCCAGCCUCAGCUCCCAGAUGAAGAUGGUGAUCACAGUGACAAAGAAGAUGAACAGCCCCAAGUGGUGGUUUUAAAAAAGGGAGACCUGUCAGUUGAAGAAGUCAUGAAAAUUAAAGCAGAAAUAAAGGCUGCCAAAGCAGAUGAAGAACCGGCUAUAGUUGAUGGAAGAAUCAUGUAUCGAAAACCAGUCAAACGUUCCUCGGAUGAAAAAUAUUCAGGUUUAACAGCAAGCUCAAAAAAGAGGAAGGCAAAUGAAGGUGAAAUAAAUAAGCAGGACUCAGUUAAAAAGAACUCACAAAAGCAAAUCAAAAACAGUUGCCUCCUUUCUUUUGACAAUGAAGAUGAAACUGAGUAAGUGUAAAUAUUUUGGACUUAGUCACCCUUAAGAGUAUAUGGGGUGUUUUUUAAAGUGACACUUUUUUUUUCUAUUUAAAGAUAAUACAAGUUCAUUAUAGAAAAUUCAGAAAAAAUUUAGUAUGAUAAAAACUUUGUCUAUCAAUACCCCUUUGACAUGAGGCUAACUCUGUAGAUAUUAACUACUAUUAACAUUUUGGAACUCCCACUUGUGGGGUAUGUAUUUUUUAAACAAAAUUGAGAUUAUAUUGCAUAUGUUUUCUGUCCUGCUUUUCACAUGACAUAUUCUGAGCAUUUUUCCAGAUCAGUAAAAUUCAAAAAUUUAACAUAAUGGCUACAGAGGAUUUUGUCAUUAAACAGAUCGACUAUUGCAUCUUCUUCAUUAGCAGAAGCCCACUUUGGAGGAAGAUGAUAAUGUGCCUAUUUAAGAAUACUUCCCCAGCUCCUGCUAAAGGUAGCCAUAUAACAGCUCUGGCAAUUUUAGAGAUAAAAGUGGAUCUUGUACAAGUCAGCUUCUAAAAGAAGGGAUCUUGAUAGAAGAGAGGAUCUAAUGUAUAACAUGGAGACUGUAGUUAAUAACACUAUAAAAGAGAGAGAUACAAAUAGAAGUCUGCUUAAUAAAGCUACAAUAAAGGUGUUUGAUACAAGAAAGCAGAUCUGGCAACCACAAACCUUUGUCCUUCUCGCUACAUCCUGCUACAUCCAGGAGCACAUACAUGAAACCUAGGAGUAUUGGAGCCAUUUUUUGGCUUAAGGGAGGCAGAUCCUUUCUCUGGGUGGUACAAUGGAAAGAGUCAAGGCACUUGGAUCCUGAUAGCAUGCCUCGAGGAGCUGCUGCACCAGCCACGGACUGCCAACCUCUGGACUUCUUGUUACAUGAGAAGAAUAAACCGAAAGUCGUUGGUCAGUAGUACCACUUGCUGACACCUGAGAAUUCAAUGUCUCCUGCCCUCCUUCUCCCUUAAGAGGCCCCCUUUCGUGUUGUGCUCUAGAAUUUGUCAACCUUAAAAAUAAAAGACAAUUAUUUUACCA